AUGGACGAGAGAAUGAACCAUUUCACAAUGUAUCAAUCAGCUGGUUUCAUGCAAGAAACAGAACUACUCAAAAACUUCAUUUCUGCUAUUCAAAGUGAAAAUACUACUACUAAUAUUGAUCCUAUUGAAAAGUUCUGUCUAAAUUAUGAGUGCAAUCACUUUACCGAUUCUUGCAACGAAUUGCAACUGCCCCACAUUUCUUAUGGUCACAAUGGUGCUGGCAUUGGUGAUUAUGAUGCGUUGGAUCCGAAUUUGGGUAUGAUUUGGAACCAAGAAGAGGAAGUUGUGAAUGGUUCUCGUGUUUUAGGAGAUAACGAUUCGUCUGAGGCAGAUAUUCCAGACACGCCUAAAAGGAGGAAGGGCGGAGAUGCAAAGGGUGAUCGGACAAGGAGCUUGGUAUCCGAGCGGAAGAGGAGAAGUGGAAUGAAGGAGAAUCUUUAUGCGUUGCGCGCAUUGGUACCUAACAUCACUAAGAUGGAUAAAGCUUCGAUAGUUGGAGAUGCUGCAAGAUACAUUCAAGAUCUUCAACGGCAAGCAAGGACCUUAAAGGCUGAAAUUGCAACAAUUGAAGCUGCUCAAAACCCGUAUUUUCUAUCCCCAACUCCUCCGGUUCACGUACUAAAGAAGAUAUCCAAGAUGGACGUGUUUCAAGUGGAGGAAAAAGAGUACUACGUGAGACUGAUUUGCAACAAAGGAAGAGGUGUUGCGGCAUCACUCCAUAGAGCCCUUGAGGAGUCAUCGAUUACUAGUUUUCAAGUUCUGAGCUCCAAUUUGGCAACCGUUGGAGAUAAUUUUGUACUCACAUUCACCUUACUAAAUGUUGCAGUCUCUGGAUUUGAGAUUAACUUACUCAAUUUAAAGCUAUGGCUUUCGGGGGCAUUCCUUAACCAGGGUUUUGAAUUCGAAACAAUCCCAGACGGCUUAGAUUAA